AGCCAUCUUUAGGCUGUUGUAACCCACUGGUUCCUCUGCUCCGUCUGUCCCUCUGACUCUGUUGCUUGUCUCUCCUCCCUGUUUCUCACGUCUAUAACACACGACUCAUACAGACAAGCAGUCGUUAGAGCGAGACACAGGAAGCGGCGCGCGGCGGAGUUUAAACUUUAAUCACGACCGAACUAUAGCGUCAUUAUCGUGCGUAAAAGCGCUUGAACCUGUUUACUUGCUUUUCUUGGAGUUACUGUAUGGAGCUGCUGUUACAGAUGUUGGAUAAAACUUAAAUGAAGAGGAAAUUACACUCAGUGCCGGAUAUUGUCAACACCAUCUCGUUUCUUGUAUCGACGGGGCUUUUUUUUUUGUUUUAAAUGUAUUUAUUUCUUGAUUUAUUUUUCUGUAUAAGAGGUUUGAUGGCCGACGCAUCUAGUGUACAGAUGUAGAACCGACUCGGCUGAUGGUCACAGUUUUUUUAGCAGAGAUAUAAUAAUGAAAUUCCGCUGACAGUCUUCUAUGCUCAGGGUCAGAGCAACUCAAUGAUGAUCCUAAACGAUACAUGUGAAAAUGUCACGGACAUCGAAGUGCAAAAGAACCCUGGGAACCUGGUGGUCAGUGCCAUCAUGUUUCUUGCUGGUGUGGUGGGCAAUCUGAUAGCUCUGGCUAUUCUUGGGGUCCACCAAAAAGAACGACGAACCAAAUCCUCAGUCUUCUGCAUCUUAGUAACAGGACUUGCUGUAACAGAUCUGGCAGGGACGUGCUUGCUCAGUCCACCUGUGUUUGUGUGUUACACUCAUGCAAUCUCUCUAGUGGGCUUAACUGGUGACAUGCAUCUCUGCAGCUCCUUUGCCUUCGCCCUGACCUUCUUUGGCUUGGCAUCUAUGCUGAUCCUGUGUGCCAUGGCAGUGGAGCGCUGCCUGGCCAUCAGCCACCCAUAUUUCUACUCCAAGCACGUGCGGAGGCACUUCGCUAAGGUUGCGCUCUUCCUUAUCUACCUUUUCACAGGUGCCUUCUGCAUGCUGCCCAUCUUUGGUAUUGGCCGUUAUAAGCAGUACUGCCCUGGCACAUGGUGCUAUAUAAAAAUGGAGGCUGUUGGUGAGGGUGAAGAAGAGGAGAGACGCACGCUCGCCUUCUCCCUCUCUUAUUCCCUUCUCAUGGGUCUGCUCAUUACUGUUGUGUUUGUGUGUAAUGGCUCAGUCAUCAUCAGUCUGUGCCGUAUGCACCGAAGCCAGAUCACACGCCGAGGAUCCGUGGUCUCGACAGGGCGCAAGAAAAGGCUUAGCACCUGGUUUGGCCAGGGUGAGGAGGAAAUGGACCACCUGGUGCUGCUGGCAUCUAUGACUAUCAUAUUCGUCAUUUGCUCCUUGCCUCUCACUAUUUUUGGUUUUGUCAACGCCAUCAGCCCAGUAGGCAAUGACCAACAGAACCUCCUGGCUUUCCGUUUCUCUGCCCUUAACCCUGUGGUGGACCCUUGGGUCUUCAUCAUCUUCCGCAAGUCUAUCUUCCGGCAUGUACGUUCGCUAUUACAAUGCUGCUUCAGCAAGGCAGCAGUGAAGAACACAGCCCCAGAAGCCCUCACGCCCCGCUUACAGAGCAAUGUGCCUGCAGAGUCCACUGCUCUCCAGAGCAAAAUUUACUCUAGCAUGCCUCAGUGAGAGCUAACAGCAAACCACUUUAUCUUGCUCAGGGCCACAGUGGACUCAGAACGUAUUUCAGAAACACUGGGCAUUAUGUAGGAAUACACACUGGAUUAGAUGGCAGCCCAUCACAAAGCAUCAUCUAAUUACACACAUGCAUUCUCACAAACAGGCAAUUUUAUGUCUCUAAUCUACCUACUGGCAUGUUUUGGUAGGUGUGAGGAAACCAGAGCACCCAGUGGAAAGCCCUCAUGGACUUGGGGAGAACAUGCAAAACUAGAGCUCAGUAAUGGACCAGGACACAUUGGUGUGGAUACAGUGAAAUGGCAAUGCUUCACACUACACCUCCGUUUUUUUUUGCACUAUUAGGAGACUUCAUGUAGAAUACAUACUCAGAAACUACUAUAUAGAAUAAAAGCAGUUCUGUAUAGAAUGGUGGACUGUAUGUACAAUAAAAUAGAUGUAGGAAUAGGCCUUCUUAAAGCCUAUGUGUGCACAAACCAUGUUUGAACUAGAUAUUACUAGAUAUUUAGAACUGUAGAAAGUUCUGUAUUGUAUCAUUAAUAAACACUGAAGAUUAAUAAUAAAUGAAUACAUAAAUAUUUAGCAGCACUCAUCUGACAUUUUAUUAGGGACACUUUUACCCCUGCUUGUUCAUGCAGUUAUCCAGUCAGCCAAUCACUCUGUGGCUGCACAAUAAAUAAACUUAUACAGAUAAGCCUGCCAUAGUCAGUCACUGAUAUGACAUUUUUUCCUCAUUCUGAUGUUUGAUUUGAAUAUUAACCAAAGCUCUUGAACUAUAUCUGCAUGAUUUGACGCUAUUUCUAUGAGAUCGCUUGAACAUGUAGUUUUACAGGUUUUCUCAGUUACAGUGAGUGGGUGUAUAUUUCCGUUGAUCACUUUAAUAAUAUUUCUUCACCUUUAAGACAUUACUUCUGUGGUAUUCCUCUGUGCCCUCAUUUCAUAAACCAUAAGAAUUCGAAACUCUUAGACUGGUGAUUGUCUUAAUGUGCAUUUGUAUUUCAAAUAAAAAAAAAUGUAAUUUUAUUUGUCACAUACACAUACUGUACAUUCAGAGUACGACAUGCAGUGAAAUGCAGUGAAAUCCUUGCACUUCCCUGUUUCCAAAGUGAAUGUACGUAGUAUUUUUGCAUUGUCUCAUUUCAUUUCAAGGCUACAAUCACAACACAUCUAUUAAACACCUGGAACAGGUAAAAAGUAUCAUGUGAGUUUUACUAGGAUCGAAACUGUACUCUGCAUUAAGCUAGAAACCAAGUGAAGUGUUGAAAAAAAAAAAAAAUAUAUAUAUAU